GUGUAUAAUGACAUGUGGCAUACCACACUAUUUGGGGCACACUGAAAAAUCUUUUCAUUGGAUGCCCGUACUUCCUUCUCUAAUGGCAUUAUAUAUAUAGGGUUUUUAACAUCGUAUUCAGAUUCAGCUCCAACUCAUUACACUAUAAAAAUCGGGUCAUUUUCAUGGCUAACCGAAAUUUUUGCGGACAAAUAUGAGUCGGGUGGAUUUGAAGCUGGAGGAUACAAAUGGUGAAUCUCCCAUUAUAUCAUCUGCUAAAGUUUUAGUUUAAUAUCAUCUUGUGCAAACUUAUGUUUCACACUCACUGUCAGACACUAGUUCUAUGACAUUUUCUCUGUAAUGCAAUAAUGUGUUUCGUGUAUCAUGUGCUGUGUAAGCUGGUUAAAAAUAAAAUGUUAGCCAUACGCCCCAUACUGUAUGUUUGCUCCCAGGAAACUAGUGCUCUACCCGAAUGGCAACAAGAAGAAAAAUGUGGAAGGCCACAUCUCUGUUUACUUGGAAAUGGUUGGAGCUGAUUCACUUCAGACGGGAUGCGAAGUAUAUGUUGAUUUCAGGUUCUUUUUGCUUGAUCAGAAUAAAGGCACGUUCCUGGUUCUUCAAGAUGCCAAUAAAAAGGAAAUAUGUUUCCAUGGGAUGAUGCGUUAUUCGGGAUUUGAUAAGCUUAUCGCUCUUAAAUCGUUUACUGAUGCUUCCAAUGGAUAUGUCAUUGAUGAUUCCUGUGUGAUUGGAGCUGAGGUCUUUGUCUGUAAAGAAAAAAGAGCCGGCAAAGGAGAGUCAAUAUCAAUGAUCGAGGUUGGUGUUAUGUGCAAGCAUGUUUGGAAGGUUGAGAACUUUUCAAAGUUAAGUGCUGACUGCUGCGAAUCAGAACCAUUCACUGCCGGAGAACGAAAAUGGAAGAUACUGCUCUAUCCCGAGGGAAAUGGCGAUGGAAAGGGUACUCAUAUUUCUCUUUUCCUGGAAUUGGAUGAUCCGGAAAAAGUUCCUGGUUUCAAAGUCUUUGCAGAGUUUUCCCUGCGCAUUGUAGAUCAAAUGCAUGCCAAACAUGAGUGGUUUAUAGCUAACAACUGGUUCAGUAACUCAACUCGGGAUUGGGGUUGGUCUACGUUCCUUAAACUGGAAACCUUCAAUCAGGCACACAAGGGGUUUCUGUUGAACGAUACUUGCAUAUUGGAGGCAGAGGUCACUAUCCAUGGAAUUGCGGAAGGACUAUAGUCAGCUUGUAUUUGAUUUCGGAUAUUGUGAAAAUGAUGUUAAUUGACUUAUGAAUACGAAUGUAGUUCUGGAUCCGCGAUAUGGUUUGUCCUAAAAGUGGCGUUCUGUAGAACCCUAGAGCUGCAAUCCUUUCCACCAAAUGACUUGUGAUUGAAGUGUAUCUUGAUAGGACCUGUUUUCUUAAAAAAUCCGUCCUGUGAGACAUAUGCCGAGUCUUGACCAGUUAUUUUAAAGUAGCUUAUCUUGUGUUUAG